UAACCAUCGUCUAUCCGCGACUCCAGAACGACAGUUCACAUACAAUCCCGUCAACAUACCCUGUACAUACAUACAUUCCGGUGGACAAAAUGCCCCUGGACACAAUAUACCUCACCCGUCAUGGCCACCGUCUAAACUGGACCAUCGACUACAAGACCGGCACCUACCAUGCUCAAUUCCCUACUCCAACCGGAAACCCUGCGGAUCCCACCUUGACCUCUUACGGAGUAACCCAAUCGCAUGAACUGGCUGCACACUUCACCAGUGCCGAGUUCAAACCCAAGCCGUUCCGUGUAUACUCGAGCCCGUUUUAUCGGUGUCUACAGACUAUUAAACCGAGUGUCGAGGCGUUGAAGGAGGUGCAGAAGAAUGGAGGUGAUGUUGAUGAGCAUGCAGAGUUUGAUGUUAGAAUCGAGAAUGGGGUAGCGGAAUGGUUCGGUCCAACUACAUUCUUCGAUCACCCUUCUCCUGCCUCCCCCAAAACCCUUCACACCCACUUCCCAACCCUCCUCCCACCUAACCCAGAGACUACCUACACCCCGCACCUCUAUCCCUCCACCCGCGGCGAAACCAUCGCCCAGCUCCAUGACCGCCUGGCCACGGCCCUGGCGUGUAUAAUUGCCGACCUGGACGCCGAAAUCUCCGCGCUAGAAGCGACGCAGCCGCCCUCCGCUCAUACUAGCAAGGCCGUCCUCAUCUGCUCACAUGCGGCGCCGCUGGUUGCCGUCGGACGGGCAUUGACGGGGAAAAUGCCAGCCGAUAGCGGAGAGGAGGAUUUCAACGUCUUCACGGCCGGACUAAGUACGUUUAAGCGGAGAUCGGGAUCGUCUGCGGGCUCUGCUGGUGGUGUGGAUUUGUUGGCGCCGGGGACGAAGCCCAUACGAUCCGAGGGCUUGAGCGUUCCCAACUGGCAGGGUGGAAAGGGGGUUGGAGGUGGGUGGGAUUGUGUUGGUAACGGGGAUUGUAGCUUUUUGAGUGGAGGUGCGGAAAGAGGAUGGCAUUUCAAUGGCGAGGAAUCGUUCGACACGGGCCCUAUGGCUCCGCCGUCUGCUUUGCCUACUUCAGCCUCUACACUUGUUGCGGAUACAAAGCUUUGAUCAAGACCAUAGAACUAUAUAGAUAGAGCAUUGGUGGUUUGCCCACAAUCUUGUGUUUGAGAUAUUCAAUAUCUGAAGUUAUUCCUUUGGAUAUAUUCAUAGAAUCUACAUGGGAAAUUCUUUUUCCG